CGAAACUCUGACAUAUUUAGUGGGAGGAAAUGUAAAAAUGACUAAAAUGGAAAAAUAAGAUAAAAUCUGAAUCCAACUUUCUGUGCAGUGGUGGAAUUUAGUAGUUUUUCUAGAGGAAAACGAUUAAGAAGUCAAGAUGACAUCAAUAUUAGAUCAGUAUGAAGCAGAAUCAGCUAGAAAUGCCAGUGGGGGUAGUUUUUCUAGUUUACCCUCCUAUCAAGAACCGAUUGGUUCUGGAUUUAUUGAUGCCCGGUUCACAGAAGAACAACCUAUAUUUACCAAGAAGAAAGUUAAUUUUAAACCACCAGAUCAGCUAACCCAUCUGGUAGUGAGUAAUAAUUUUCUAGUAAUGGCUAUGAACAGUAAUAUAUUAUUACGAUUAGAUUUAGAACAUCCUGAACAACCUGACGAGGUUGAAUUACCUAAAGCAGUAGAAGAUAAAGUCCAUAAGAUUUUUCUGGACCCAACUGGACGUCAUAUGAUAAUAAGUAUGGUGUCUACAGAAUGUUAUUAUUUAUCUAGAAACAGUAAGAAACCUAAAUCUAUACAUAAAUUAAAGGGUCAUCAUAUAGAGAGUGUAGGAUGGAACUGGCAGAAUGCUAAUGAUAAUACAACUAGUGCAAUAUUAAUAGGUACCAGUAAAGGUAUAAUAUUUGAAACUGAGUUAACAUCACAUGAGGACAGUAAAUUUUUCCAAGGCUCAUUGGAUCAGUAUUUAAAACAGUUAUUUAAUAUUGGUAAAGAUAAUGCUGUAUGUAUAACUAGUCUACAGUUUGAUAGAAUACCAGGACCUACUAUGAAUGAUUAUAAAUAUUAUAUACUGGCCACAACUCCAGGUCGACUCUAUCAGUUUAUAGGAAAUGUAGCUACGUCUGCUGAACCUCCCAUGUUUUAUUCUCUUUUUCACCAAUAUGAAACAGGAUCAGAACAUGUACAGUUUAUAGAAUUACCUGGUGAUUUUGGUUAUAGUGAACUACAUUUAUAUUUCCCUAAAUUCAGACAACCUGCACAAACAUUCGCCUGGAUGACAGGUCCUGGAGUUUAUUAUGGUAGUAUAGACACUACUGGUAGUGCUGGAGCUAACUCAGUUUUAUCAAAUACUAAACUUAUACCAUAUCCUAAAGACAAAGUAGAUAUAGGAAAACCUGUUUCCAUGGUGAUGACAGAAUUCCAUGUCUUAAUAUUAUUUGCCGACAGAUUAAAAGCUGUGUGUACAUUAAAUGAACAAACAAUUUAUGAUGAUUUAUUUGUGAAUGAGAGAUUUGGUAAAGUAUUAGGUAUAUGUAAAGAUCCUAUACGAGGUACAAUAUGGACCUAUACCACUAAUUCUGUAUUUAAAUAUAGAAUCACACAUGAAGAUAGAGAUGUGUGGCAGAUGUAUCUAGAAAAAGAAGAUUUUGAAUCUGCUAAAGAAUAUUGUCAGGACAACCCAUCUCAGUUAAAUCAAGUAUUAACCAAACAAGCCCAGUUUCUCUUCAAUAAAAACAGAUAUGAAGAGAGUGCUGCCUUGUAUGCCAUUACCCAGAAUUCCUUUGAAGAAAUUGCUUUAAAAUUUAUUCGUCUUCCCCAGAAAGAGGCUUUAAAAACAUUUGUAAUGAAAAAAUUGACAUCUUUGAGAAACCAGGAUAAAACUCAGAUGACAAUGUUAGUAACCUGGUUAAUAGAAUUAUAUUUAAAUCAACUGGGAGAACUGAAAGAACAGAAUCAGGAUGAGUCAGAAGAAUUUAAUGAAAUCCAGGAUGAUUUCAGAUCUUUUCUAGGUCAAUUGAAGGUCAAGGAGUGUUUAAGUGAUAAUCGAGGUGUUGUGUAUGAUCUUAUAGCAAGUCAUGGUGAUGUAGAGGAUAUGGUCUUCUUUGCUGUUCUUAUGAAAGAUUAUGAGAGAGUUAUUUCCCAUCAUUUACAACAUGAAAAUUACAAACGAGCUUUAGAAGUGCUGGUUGAAAAACAGAAUGAUGUAGAUCUAUAUUAUAAGUUUUCACCAAUACUAAUGCAGUAUACACCUGGAGAGACGGUCAACGCUUGGAUUAAACAGGGGAGACAACUAGAUCCUAAACAAUUAAUACCAGCUCUCGUACAGUAUGAUCAGGAGAAAUAUAAAGAACAGGGCAAUGAAGCUAUAAGAUAUCUUGAAUAUUGUGUACAACAGUUAGAUAAUAAAGAUACAGCUAUACAUAAUUAUCUCGUGUCCCUGUACGCUAAAAUACAACCUGAUAAUUUAAUGUUAUAUCUUCAACUACAGGGAGAGAAUCCGGACAUGAUUUGUUAUGAUGUAAAAUAUGCUCUAAGAUUAUGUACUGAAUCUAAACAUACUAAAGCCUGUGUUUAUGUCUACUCUAUAAUGGGAUUAUAUGAAGAAGCUGUAGAUAUGGCUCUUUCAGUAGAUGUAGAAUUAGCUAAAUCAAUGGCAGACAAGCCUGAUGAAGAUGAUUAUGAAAUCAGAAAAAAACUAUGGCUCAGAAUAGCAAGACAUGUAGUAGAAGAAGAAAAAGAUGUAAAAAGAGCUAUGGAGUUUCUGCAUGAUUGUGAUUUACUAAAGAUAGAAGAUAUUUUACCUUUCUUCCCUGAUUUUGUUACUAUUGAUCAUUUUAAGGAAGCCAUUAUCACCUCACUACAAGAAUAUAAUCAACAUAUAGACUCUCUAAAAGAGGAGAUGGAAGAAGCCACUCAAAGUGCUGAAGAAAUCAGAAAAGAAAUACAGAGUUUUAGGAAUAAAUAUGCAUUUGUAAAAGCAGAAGAUAAAUGUUCAGCUUGUAAUUAUCCUCUGAUGGUGCGAGCCUUUUAUUUGUUUCCAUGCCAACAUAAAUUCCAUAUGGAUUGUUUAAUAGCUGAGGUGCUGCCAAGUUUACCGAGUUCUAAGAAAGGUCAAGUUGAUGCUUUACAACGUAAAUUAGCUGAAAGAGAUGAUUCUAGAUUACGCAAACCAAGCACCAAUACAAAACAAUCAGAUUUAGAAACCAAGAACCAGUUAGAUAAUCUGGUAGCAUCAGAAUGUAUUUUCUGUGGAGACUUCAUGAUCAGGUGUAUAGAUAAAUCCUUUAUAGAAGAUGAUGAAUGGAUAACAGCAGAGCAGGAAUGGGAAUAAACUCUUCAAUAUUAGAGUCCAAUAAAACAGAGCUUCAGAUUUAAAAAUUACAUCUUUGGACAAAUAGCUCUUGAAGGCCAUAGUUCACUAUCUUACUUCCGAAGAUAACUUGCAUAUAUUUAAGGUUUAAAUCGACCUUUGAAACAGUGCUGUACAUUUAAAUAUUUCAUUGGUGGACAACUUGCUCUUAAUGUUCGUAGUUCACCAUUUUACUUCUGAAGACUAUUAACAUAUAUUCCAAGCUAACCCAAUUCAACCUCUUAAAAUUGUGAACCAUGGCAUUCAAAUUUGAAAUGUUCACCAGUUUACAUACUCCGAGCAUAUUCGAUCAAUUUUUUAUGUCAAUUGCAAAGAGCCCAGCAUUUUAUCUUCAUCAUAGGAUGUGACUGGAAAAUACAUCCAUUGUUAUUGUCAUAUAUUAUUAUUAUUAUUAUUAUUAUUUAUAUUCAUUCCAAUAUGGAGAAGUUAUAUAAUUAUGAUGUACAGAAUUAUUAAACUAUAUAAAUUCUA